AUGGGGAAUUUAUUCAGUUCUAUGUUUGAUAGGUUAUGGGGUGUUAAUAAAGAACUACGUAUUUUAAUCCUUGGUUUGGAUGGUGCUGGUAAGACCACAAUUUUAUACAGAUUGCAGAUUGGUGAGGUGGUCACUACAAAGCCAACCAUUGGUUUUAAUGUAGAGACAUUGUCGUAUAAGAAUUUGAAGCUGAAUGUUUGGGAUUUAGGUGGACAAACUAGUAUCAGACCGUAUUGGCGUUGUUACUAUGCAGACACAUCCGCUGUUAUAUUCGUUGUCGAUUCCACAGACAAAGAUCGUAUGGCCACUGCAUCAAAGGAGUUACAUCUAAUGUUACAAGAGGAGGAGUUACAAGACGCUGCAUUAUUGGUGUUUGCCAAUAAACAAGAUCAAGUUGGUGCUUUGAGCGCAAGUGAAGUCUCUAAAGAACUGAAUCUUGUGGAACUGAAGGAUAGAAGCUGGUCUAUUGUCGCCUCAAGUGCAAUCAAAGGUGAAGGCAUAACAGAAGGUCUGGAUUGGCUGAUCGAUGUGAUAAAGGAGGAACAAUUAUAA